AUGUUUUCGGAUGAUUCGGAAGCUGAGGAUGUCGUCAACCUCACAAUAAACGAGCACUACGCGAAGGCAUACGAAUAUCGGAAGGAGCGGGAGGAACUUGCCAAACUCAAGGAAAAAUAUGGAUCAGACGUAGAGGAAGACCAGGUCUCCGAGGAAGAUUCGGAAGAAGAUGAAUCUGAGGAUGAAGACGGAGAGGAGCUGACCCCCGCCGUGGACGCUGCCAUCCUGCGAACUUUGGCGAGGAUCAAGCGGAAGGAUCCGUCCAUUUAUCAGCAAGGAAAGAAUGUAUUUGAGGAAGAGCAACAGAGAACUGGGGAUACUGCACCAUCACGUCGCGUACUCAAGGAUAAGUCGAAACCAAUCACCAUGCGUCAACACGCGUUGGCAUCCGCACUCAACCCAGAAUCCCGCUCGCCGUCACCUGAACCUCUUACACACGUGGAGGAGCAAGCCGCCUUGCGGCGAGAGACAAUCGCUGCAUUCCACACCGCCAUAGCUGAAGACGACGAUGACACACUGCUCGUUCCGCGAGAGAGGACGAAGGACGAAUUAGAGCGUGAAGAGGAGGAGUACCGUGCAUUUUUGGAACGGGAAGUUGGAGAGGAAUUGAAAGAAAUCGUGACGCUCGAUGUGCAACCUGUACAAGAGGCAGAGCAUAAAGAGUCUGAUCUAAAACGUGAUAAGAAACUUCAAAAGAAAGCAGCACAGGCAAAAGAGAGCAAAGAAGAAGCGGACCAGGAAUUUCUGGUGAACUACAUCCUUAACCGUGGGUGGAUUGAUCGCUCAGCUCGUCGGCUGCCCACUUAUCAAGAAAUUACUGCUUCUUUGGAAAAGGGGAAGAGCAAAGCCGGCCGUAAACAGUCUGACUCGCAGGGCAUAAUCUCCGACGAAGAGGCGAAAGAGAUUGUCGCUGGCGAGAGCCAAAGUGAGGAAAUUGACGAAGAUGAAUUCGACGAGGUGGCGGAUCGAUUUGAAAGCUCGUAUAACUUCCGCUUUGAAGAGCCAGGAGCCUCUACGAUCGCGCGGCACCCGCGAAAUUUACCCUCGUUAGUACGGCGAGAAGAUUCCUCACGUAAAGAAGCGCGAGAAAAGCGGAAGGCGAGAAAAGAAGAGGAGCUGUUGAGGAAAAGGGAGGAGGUGAAGCGAUUGAAAGCCUUGAAGAUGAAGGAUCUGCGAGCGAAGCUUGAGAAGAUUGGAAAGGAAGGUGGGACAAACUUCCACGAAAGCAAAGCGCUGCAAGAUCUUGAUCUAGAGGGCGACUGGGAUCCUGGCGCCCAUGAUCGUCAAAUGGCUGAGCUAUACGAACAGGAAGUUGAUAUGGAAGUGGUAGAUGAGGAAAAACCACACUGGGAUGAUGAUAUUGACAUUACGGACAUAUUUCCAUUAGAUGAGUACGAUGGCGCGGGGAGCUCCAGAAAGUCGAAAAAGAAAAAGAGGAAGAGCAACAACGCAGAUGAGAUGGAAGCAGGUGUAGAUGUGGAUGAGAUGGACGCCAACGUCCAGAAAGCCUUAGAAGACGAAGACUGGGAUGGGACGGAGGAAAUGCGAAAGCGAAAAUUAGACGAGUAUAUGGAUGAGCUCUACGGCAUGGAAUUCAACGACAUGGUUGGUGAUAUGCCCACGCGUUUUAAGUAUGCUCCGGUUGCUCCUCAGACUUAUGGCCUUACACCUACGGAGAUCCUGCUCGCGACGGAUGCAGAGCUGAAUUCUUACGUUGGCAUCAAAAAAUACGCACCAUAUAGGAAGGACGGGAAGGGUAAACAAUGGGACAAUACGCGCAAUGAUCGACUACAAGAGCUCAGAGGAAAGUUGAGGGAGCGCGGUAUCGAUUCAACGGGCGGCGGGGCGGACGCUAAGGGCGAGAAGGGAAAGAAACGCAAGGGGAAGAAAGAGCGAAUGAGAGAGCGCAUUGCUAGUGUAAUCACGACCGAGAACCACAAGAACCCUGACGGAGAUAUAGAAGAUGAAGAUGAACAAAAGGCGAAGCAGCUCCGUGGAAAUGAUGCAGAUAGAUUUGAACUGGGGGAAGCAGACGAACCUUCGAAAAAGAAACGGCGACGACACAAGAAGUCUGGGAAGAGCCAGCAGGAAGAGAACUAA